CCAGCCGGAUCAUCGUGAAUUUCUGACAAGGCGAGAUUUUUCAAAGAGCCUCAUCUACCCCUUGUUGGCCGUUUCAUUUUUUUUCGUCACGAAAGCCACGAGCACAGGGUCCCGAGAAAUCUUUAUCCACCAUGUCUUCUCGAUUCUUCCACGGUGGAAGCGACAGCGAGAGUAGCUCCUCUGACGAGGAGGAGCUCUACUCCGAUCGCGAUGAGGAGGAAGUCUCUGACGAGGAGGAGGAGAGUACUAGCGAAGAAGAGUCUUCUGAGGAAGAGUCCGAUGAUGAGGCCGGAUUAACCGGAGCGAAGCAAUACCUCAGAGGUGCGGCCGAUCUUGAUGAGAGUGAUGAGGAAGAAGACCGGGUCACGAUCGUCAAGAGUGCGAAGGAUAAGCGGUUAGAGGAGUUGGAGGGAACGAUGAAGUUGAUUGAGAAUGCGGAGAAGAUCAAUGAUUGGGCUGUGAUCUCAACAGAAUUCGAUAAGUUGAACCGACAAGUUGCAAAGAUCAUCCAAGCAGGCCCGACGCCUAAGAUAUACAUCAAGGCCAUCGCUGACUUGGAGGAUUUUGUGAAUGAGACCGUUGUUAAGCAGAAGACAACUACGAAAAAGAUGAACGCAAGCAAUGCCAAAGGAUUCAAUACCGUUAAGCAGCGUAUCAAGAAGAACAAUAAAGACUACACCGCAGAGAUUGAAAAGUACCGCGAGAACAAGGAUGAAUACCUUGAGGAGGAGGAAGAGCAAGAGACUGUGAUCGUAGAGAAGAAGGCUCGAACCAUUCGAAUUGAGGAUACACUAGCUCAGAGUGAUGAAGGCUUCUCAACUGUCGGUCGUGGAGGUCGCACACUUCAAUAUACUCCAGAGAGUAUUUUGAAACAUCUGAGGGUGAUCGUGGAGUCUCGAGGAAAGAAAAAUACGGAUCGAAUUGAACAAAUCAAGGUAAUGGAGAAGCUGCUCGAGGUCGCCUCAUCACCAUACCACACCAUCAGAAUUCUCUUAACCUUAAUUUCGACCCGCUUCGAUCUAGCAACGUCCUCGCUCUCCAAUUACAUGUCCACCGAACAGUGGAAGCUCGCCGAGAAUGAAAUCUCGACGUUGAUUUCCACGCUAGAGGAGCAUCCUCAGUUCGUCGUCACCGAAGGUGCGGAAGAGUGGGAGGACGAUGAGAAGCUUCCCCAGGUCGCUCCUGGUGAAGUGCUUAAGGUACCUGGGAGCGUCGUUUCGUUCGUCGAAAGAUUAGACGAUGAGCUUAUUCGAUCCUUGCAACACAUCGACCCCCACACAGCGGAAUACAUCGAGAGACUCGGCGAUGAGCAACUCCUAUACAACAACAUUGUCCGAGUUCUCCUUUACGUCGAGGGUCUUAACCAGGUUGAAAAGUCCGAGCCUCGUCAGGACAGUGUGAACAGAGUCCUGAUGAGACGGCUGGAGCAUCUGUACUUCAAGCCGUCACAAGUCGUGACAAUCUUGGAGGACAACACAUGGAAAGACCUUCCAGAGAAACUCAGCUCAUCCAUAACUCCCCGUGGCAUGAAAUCCGAUGUUUCACUCUUGGUGCAAACAAUAUGCAACUACCUGUUCCAGUAUAGCGACGGUAUUAUCAGAGCUCGUGCCAUGCUUUGCCAAAUUUACUUCCUUGCCCUCCAUGACAAAUAUCACCGUGCUCGUGAUCUGAUGUUGAUGUCUCAUCUUACUGAAAAUAUCUCCAACUUUGAUGUCAGCACUCAAAUUUUGUUCAACCGAACGCUUGUUCAAAUUGGGCUGUGCGCAUUCCGCGCGGGACUAAUUUACGAGGCUCAAAACACACUUUCCGAAGUUUGCGGAAGUGGCAGACAAAAGGAGUUGUUGGCACAGGGUAUCAUCUUGCAGCGGUAUUCUUCAGUCUCGCCUGAACAAGAGAAGCUCGAGCGUCAACGCCAGCUUCCCUUCCACAUGCACAUCAACUUAGAACUUCUUGAGUGCAUCUACUUGACCAGUAGCAUGUUCUUGGAAGUUCCAUUAAUGGCCCAAACUUCAUCAUCCCCUGAAAUGAAGCGACGUAUUAUCUCCAAGACUUUCCGAAGGAUGUUGGAUUACAACGAGCGCCAAGUUUUCACUGGUCCGCCAGAGAAUACUCGCGACGGUGUCAUUAUGAGUGCCAAGUUCCUCGCAGCAGGUGACUGGAAGAAGGCAUCCGAGACCCUCAACUCUAUCAAGAUCUGGGACUUGAUGGCACAGCCAGACAAGAUCAAGGCCAUGCUUGCUCAACAGAUUCAGGAAGAAGGCCUCCGAACGUACCUCUUUACCUACGCACCUUUCUACGACACGCUCUCCAUCACCACCCUUUCCAACAUGUUCGAUCUCACCGAAAAGAAGAUCUCCGCUAUUAUCAGCCGGAUGAUCUCACAUGAAGAACUUGCGGCAGCUCUAGACCAGGUCAACAACGCUAUUGUUUUCCGCAAGGGUGUCGAACUCUCGAGAUUGCAGAGCCAGAUCGUUACUCUAGCAGAUAAGUCGAUGUCACUGCUUGAGGCUAAUGAGAAGACCCUUGAGCAGAGAACGCAAGGCAUGGCAAAUGCCUUCCAGCGUGAUCAGGGACCAGGUGGUCGGUCAGGCAGAGGCCAGGGCCGUGGUGGACAGAGAACUGCUGGCGGCAGACCGCCCAUUGGCGGACAACAGCGCAGACCAGGUGGGCAACAAUUCAGUGGUGGGGCUUUGGGAGGAGCUAUCAAGGCAUAAAAUGUUUUGGUUCUAAUACAAAUAUGAAGUUAUGCUGGUCUGUGAUGAUUCAAUUUACCAAGCUGUUUCCUCUUUUCUCUCUUUUUGAUGUAGGGUCACUAUUACCUUUUAACUGGGGCUAAAGUCCUUUUUUUUUUCUGUCUUUUUCUUGGCAUGUGCUACAAAUACACGGGUCAUGUUCUUUUCUUUUCUAUCAGGUCAUGUGGAUGGACGAUAAAUUGCUUCAUAAGACUUGCUUUUGCAAUCAUGGUUGCUUUCCUAAAAAGCUCUGUGUCAACCGGUAUUAAAAGGGAAUGUGAUGACCUUCAUGCCAAUAAUGGUUGAUUUAAAAUUAUGAUUUAACAACAAAUCAGGGCUGG